AUGCCCGAUGACUUCGACAGGUGGGCGAGUUGGGGCAACCCUGAAUGGCGGUAUGAGAAGGUCUUCCCAUACCUGCGAAAGCUGGAGGCGGACCAGGAAUUUGAUGACGAGUUCCACGGUUCAGCCGGUCCAAUCACGUCCAGCAGGCAUAGCCCCAACGAGUGGGGACCUCAGCAGCAUGCGUUCUACCGGGCAUGUCUGGACGCUGGCUUUCCGGACUGUCCGGACCACAACCGACCCGACUCGACGGGUGUGGGGCCACUGGCGUUCAACAUUGACGGGCGGGUGCGAGUGAGCACGGCGCUCGCCUAUCUGGAUCCAGCGCGCGAUCGUGAAGGGUUGACGGUCAAACCGCAAUGCCUUGUCCACGGUAUCAUCUUCGAGGGACGCCGGGCCGUAGGUGUGCGAGCUGCCAGCAGUGAUGAAGAAUUUGUUGUCUUUGGCGAUGAAGUGAUCCUUUGCGCAGGAGCCAUUGGAACGCCGCAGAUCCUCGCGCUGUCGGGGAUUGGACCUGCCGACCAGUUGCGGCAACUUGGCAUCCCCGUAGUGCAGGACUUGCCGGGUGUGGGGCGCAAUCUCAGGGAUCAUCCGGAUGUGCCGAUGUCAUGGCGAACGCGCGCAGAUUUUUCGCUGAACACCAAUCAGGUCGCCACCGGAACGGUGACGCUACGCUUCACGGCAUCAGGCUCUCCGUUCGAGAACGACCUCGUGAUUUUCAUGGGGAACUACGCGGCUGCGAGGCCGAUGCGGGGGCAAGACCACCUGCGUCCUGUGGGAGUAGGGGUAAGCCUGUGCCUGUAUCUUGCUCUGAGCCAGGGGGAACUGCGGUUACGCUCGCGCGACCCGAAGCAGCCGCCGUAUCUCGAUUUCAACCUGCUGGAUGACGCAUUUGAUCGCGCGCGCCUACGUGAGGCUAUCAGAGUGUGCGCCGAGUUGUUCGAGCACGAUGCGUUUCGCGGGAUAGUCGAGAAGCGGAUUGGCCCGUCGGACGAUGCGCUGCGGGACGACUAUGCGCUGGAUUCGUGGAUGAAGCGUGAGGUGGUUACCGCCACCAUGUAUCGAGCACCUGCAAGAUGGGGCCGUCAGAUGACCCGAUGGCUGUGGUGGACCAGUACGGGAUGGUUUACGGUGUUGACGGGCUGCGAAUCAUUGAUGCGUCGAUUAUGCCUGACACUGUGCGGGCGAACCUGA